UGUACCGAAGGGAAGAUGCAUUCGGAAAUUUCUAUUUACAAGAAAAAGGAAAAUGAGAUGACAUUACUGAAGAUCAGAUCUACAUUAUUUAGAUUUGCAGUGAUACUGUCUGCAUCAUCACUAGAAAAAUCCGAUAGAUUAAGUGUUAAAUCAACUUUUACAGUGAUGGCAACAGAAGCACCAAGAAGGCUGCAUGCCACUGACUUAUAUGUUCCAAUAGAACCCAAACAAUGGCCAAUUGUAUACACUAAUCAGUACAACAUAAAUGCUUUUGGAAUGCAGAAGCUUCACCCAUUUGAUGCUGGCAAAUGGGGAAGAGUUUUUCAGAUGUUGAAAGAGGCAGGCAUGGUAUCGGAGACAGAUGUUGUAACACCAAAGGAAGCCACGUCACAAGAUCUCUUAGUUGUUCAUACACAGAAAUAUCUGGACGACUUAACAUGGAGUUCUGUUGUUGCCAGGAUUACAGAAGUAUUACCAGUAGCAUUAGUACCCAACUUUAUCUUACAGAAAAUAUUACUCAAACCACUCAGAUUCCAAACAGGUGGAACCAUUCUGGCUACAAAGCUUGCUGUGGAAAGAGGUUGGGCCAUUAACAUUGGAGGAGGUUUUCAUCAUGCACAUGGAGAAGAUGGCGGAGGAUUUUGUGUUUAUGCUGACAUAACUCUCGCUAUCAAAUUUUUGAUGGCAUCUGAUCCUAAAAUAAAGAAAGCCAUGAUUAUAGAUCUUGAUGCCCACCAGGGAAAUGGUCAUGAGAGAGAUUUCCUUAAUGAUGAUAGUGUAUAUAUCCUUGAUGUUUAUAAUGGUGCAAUAUACCCUAGAGAUUUAAAAGCAAAAGCUGCUAUAAAGAAAAGAGCAAAUUGUUUACACCACACAAAAGAUGAAGAGUAUUUAGAAAAAGUUAAAAGGACAAUAGAAGAAGCCUUAAAUGAAUUCAAACCAGAUAUUAUAGUAUACAAUGCUGGCACAGAUAUAUUAAAAGGGGAUCCUUUAGGGAACCUGGAUAUCUCUGCAGAGGGAAUUAUAAAGCGAGAUGAAAUUGUGUUUACAAAAGUCAGAUCUAAAAACAUACCAAUUGUCAUGGUAACGAGUGGAGGGUACACUAUGGAAACAGCUAAAAUCAUAGCAGACUCUAUUUUAAAUUUGAAAGAGAAAAAAAUAAUUUCAAAGGAAUCUGGUCAUUCAAUAAAAGACACUUUUCCACCUGAAGGAAAUGAGGAAUCAUAUAGUCGAUUUUCUGCAAGAUUCAAUUCAUCUGGGACUAAUACAUGAAGAAUAUUCUUAAGCAUUUUGAUCCUGCAAAGACAACUAUGAAGACACAGUCUGAGUUAUAAAGAUCUGAACAGAACUUAUAUCUAAAUGAUAUAUUUAACUUGGAAUAUCUUAAUGACUUCAAUUUUUGUUGCUCUCUUUAUACACAAAUUUGUAAAGGCUUAGAAUAUUUUACAGAUGAUUUUUGUAAUCAUUACCAUGCCCUACUAAAUUAUCUUUUGUUCAACUCAAUAUAUGUAAAUCUGUCUGCUAGGUUUUUUUACAUGAGGUAAGUCAAAAAGGUAUUACUUUUUAGCACCACAAACAAUGCUGCAGAUAUCAGUUGUAUCUUAUUAUCGCUAUCAACUUUUAUGUAAAGAUAUGAAAUAGUCAUUUAUGCAUUUGGCUUUGACAGGGGAUAAGGAAAACAGUUAAACGCAUUUGAAAACCAUAUUUAAAGAUUAACAAAGGUGUUAGGGUUGUAAAAAUGCUUGUUACAUGUUGUUUAUGCAUAUUGAAAUUUUGUUAAGAAUCAAAUGGAUUUGCCUAGGUUUUAUAUUUGAAUUUGAUUUUGAAUAAAUCAGCAUAUUCACCUGGGGAAAAAGAAUAUUCACUGUGCAAAAGUCACGUUUUCACAUGUAUAACUAUGGUCACAGUAUUAGAGACAUCGGUAUUACAAUGUGAUGUGAGCACCAGUGUAAAGUAUUUGUUUAAAGCUUUAUAUAUCAGAAGGCAGAGGACCUGGAUGUUUCAUACCUUGUUUGCAGAUAGCUUGAUACCUUAUGCUAUGAUGUUUCUGUCCGUCAUAUAUCAAUUGUCCUUGACCUCAUUUUAUGGUUCAAUAUCUGUUUUUUUUUUAAAUAUGUAAAGUGAAAUACUUGUUUUGAGUAAAAGGAUACCAGUAACUAUGUUUGGAAUAUGGGAUCCUAGUACAGUCUUUAUGUCUGUUAGGUAGGGUUCUUCUGACCAAGACCUUAUUCAAUGGAUAAAUGAUCAAGGUUAAAGUUAACAGGUCAAACCCUUUUAAAAGCAAUAAGUCAACUAUAUUAGACUGCCAUGGUAGCUUGUUUGGUUUGAGGGAAGGAAGUCAAACUCUAACUGGGUCAAACAAGAGACUUUAAAACUGGUAUUUGUUGCUUCUUUUCUUAACACACAGUAAUAAGGAGUAGGAGAAAAGACUGGUCAGCUCCGAGUCUGAAAAAUGUGUCUGUAAAAAGUGUCUUUUCCUCCUGCAGACUGUUACCUAGAGAACAAGCACUUACAAAAUUGGGCUCAACUUGUCAGUCUAGCACAAAACAGAGUAAAUAUUCAUAUAAUAUUAACAUGUUUUUGUUAUGAAUAUGCAUAUAAAUAUACCACUGGACUUUUUUUUUAGUCAAUAAUCAACUAUAUUUGGUGUAUGGAUUGAUUGUAAGGUGUACAGGUCUGACUGACAUGUUUCAUCUUACCUUGACCUCAAUUUCUUGUUUUAAUGCACAAUGUUUAGUGUUUGUGGUUUUGUCAAAUUCUCUGAUACUAUUAGCAAAAGGCCUGCUAUAUUUGAUGUAUCAAGCAAUUGUCAGAUACACAUGUCCAUCAGCAGGUUUUAUCCGACCUGGACCCUCAUUUUCUGGUUUAUUGGACAAUUUUUAGUUUUUGUGGUUUGGUCUAUUUCUCAGAUAUCUUAAAAGCAAUAGGCCAAUUAUCAAUGAUUAUAUUAAGUGAAUGGAACAAUUGGGAGAUGUACAUGGAAGUCUGGCAGGGUUUAUAUGACCUUGACCUAAUCUUCAUUGAUCAUUGGUUAAUAUAAAGAUCUUGUGGUUUUCGAUCUGUUUCUCAGGUAUGAUAAGACCACUAUAUUUGGUGUAUGGUACAUGUUUUUUGACAUGGUUCAUCCCGUGACCUCAUUUUUAUGACAUUGAUAAUAUUAAGUUUAUGUGAUACUUGUAAUAAAACCUUCAUAUUGCACUUUCAACAUGAAUGUAAAACAGACUAGACAUUCAGUUUAUGCACUCUUGUUGUAAAUUUAUUGAUGUACAAUUUGUUUUGUGAAUUAUUGUCAGGACAAACAUGUUCAUGGAAUACAGAAUAAAACAGUU